GCGCUAGGACCCGGGACACGUGAGCUUAUUAGUUUGCCAGAGGGUGGAGACGGUGAACAAUGAGGGAUCUGACUGGUAGGACCAGCAGAGGAGCAACAUCUGAGACAAGCCCCCCUCCCCUACUCUAGAGUCCCGCCGGACCGACGGACAAAACAGCCGGACCUGGCGACAAUGACAGCAGGACGCCUAGCUGAGUUGAGAGGGAGUGUGAACAUGCAGAUUUGUCUGUGCACGCUGCAGAGAGCAGAGCUUCCCCGAGCCAACCCUGACUGGAUCCAAAUGAAUGGGUUCGCCUCCGUGUGUAUGUGGUGCUGAAGUGGGUCAUGCGGACCACUGGAGGAGCGAAAGAUAAACACGCACCCUCCUCCCGCUGCCUGACAGGUUGAGACGGUGGUCGCUCAGAGGAGGGAUCCCAGCCUGUGUCCUCAUCUCAGCAUCAAGCAUCAGCUGCCGCUUUGAUUUAAUCCGCCUCCAAAGAAAGUGUCAAACUGAAGAGCAUCUCCAGAACCAGGGCAAGCAUCACAUUGGGGGCAACAGCGGCGAACAAAAGCGCACCGGCGGACCUCGCUCAAGCUCUGUCAGCUUUGAAACUGCAAAUAUAUAUAAAUAUAUAUAUUUGUAUCUUUUUAGGAAACAUGCACGGACUUCUUUGCAUCUAUAACUGAUAACAACAAGCCGUCCAUCAGUUUCUCGUAGAACCAAGCGGAUCGGUGAGCAGUGCGCAGCAGCUCUGCGCGCCGAGCGGAUGCAGGACCAUGGAGGAGAAAGACAGGUCGCCAGCAGUCUGCCCCACAGCGUCAAGGCGAGCCUGUCACUUUCACCGUCUGGGCCGGGACGGGUGGGCAGUGGCGGGGGCUCCCCUACGUCCAAAAUGGGCUACUGCGGAGGGGUUCCAGUGGAGGACAUGCAGGCCCUGGCCAUCACCUCUCUGUCAGCAGCAGAUGUAACCAAACAGUACGAGCACAUUCGCGAGCUGGGAAAGGGCACAUAUGGCAAGGUGGACCUGGUGGCACACAGGACACAUGGCACCAAAAUGGCGCUGAAGUUUGUUACCAAGAACAAGACGAAGCUCAAAAGUUUCCUGCGGGAAUACAGUCUAACGGGCUCACUUAACUGCAGCCCUUUCAUCAUCAAAGUCCUGGACGUGCUCUUUGAGACGGAGGACAGCUAUGUGUUUGGACAAGAAUAUGCUCCCGCUGGGGACCUUUUCGACAUCAUACCCCCGCAGGUGGGGCUGCCAGAGGAAAUGGUCAAACGCUGCAUGCAACAGCUGGGCUUGGCCCUGGACUUUAUGCAUAGCAAGAACCUAGUGCAUCGAGAUGUCAAACCUGAGAACGUGCUCUUGUUCGACCGCGAAUGCCGUCGCAUCAAGUUGGCUGACUUUGGCAUGACCCGACGCGUUGGCUGCCGUGUAAAACGUGUGAGUGGCACCAUCCCCUACACAGCACCGGAGGUGUGCCGCGCAAGCCGCUCCGAGGGUUUUCUUGUGACCACCAGUCUGGAUGUGUGGGCGUUCGGCGUGCUGGUCUUCUGUAUGCUGACGGGCAACUUCCCCUGGGAGGCAGCCUUGCCGGCCGAUGCCUUCUACGAGGAGUUUCGGCGCUGGCAGAAAGCGGGAUGCCCUGUGGGAACGUACCCAUCUCAGUGGCGCCGCUUCACUGAUGAUGCUCUGCGCAUGUUUCAGAGGCUGCUCGCCGCCGACCCGGAAAAACGCUGUGGAGUCAAGGACGUCUUUUGCUUUGUCAAGUAUGAGCUGGUGAGUGAGCUCAGGCGCAGAGCCUCUUGCCGAGCGAAGAGAGGUGAGAGGUCAAGCUCAGGAGUGUGCACGGGCAGUUGCACUUCCUCGUCGUCCUCCACUUCGUCACGUUCCUCCUCCCACAGACACCCUGAGCCCUCCACCCCCCCGGGGACUUCCUGCCUUCGCCCAGCGCCACUCAAACGUAGUGUCCUCUCUGACCCGUUGUCUCCUAGAGAGGAGCCUGGACAGCACCAGUCUCCAGGCCGAGACAAGAACAAAAGUCAGAUGGUGAUGGCGACAGCCAUUGAAAUCUGCGUGUGACUGCACAAAUGUUAGUGCUGGAAGCUGGAUGGCUUUUCACGGUAAUAGCGAGCUUUGAAGAGGUGUUAACGAGUACCACAGAGGACCAAGUCAGAAGUAGAGGUACUUUAUCCAUGACAGAGAAGCUCAGGAUCCCAUCCCAGGCUGUGGAAAUGGACAUCAUCAAUCAGUGGUACACGCUUGAACAGCUUAUCACUGACAUUCAAUGCUGUUUUGGUUUUGAUUUGUGACCAAAGACUGCUUCCCAAGCUGAGAAGCCAUCAAGCCUCUCUAAGCAGCUCAUUCUGCCAUCCUGACAUUUGUGUUUUCUGCCCAUACACUGUGGUGGUGCUAAUGAUUCUAUAGUUAGACUCACUCCAAGUCUCUUUACUGUAGUGUUUAUUUAUUCCAGAAGAUAAUAUCCAGGAAAUUCAAAUGUUCACGUGAUCAGAAGGCAAUUUACACAAAUAUAAAAUCCCUGCCAACUUCCAGUGCAUAAAACUAGUCACUAGUCGUAGACUAUUUCAAGAUGUUAUUAGUAUAGCAGUAUUACUAUACUAGUGGUAAUACCAAUAUUACAAAGACAAAAAGGAAAACAAAACAAUGUAGCAGUUUGUAUGGGACAUCUUAGGUGUCUAGACUGAGAUUCUCAGCGAUAGGCAUCAACUCAGGUCACUUCAGUGGGUCAUUCCCUGUUUUACUAUUAAUGGAAAUCUAUUGAGUGGCUGGGAGACGCAUUUGUACUCCUCUCAAUGAGAUUCAUUUGCAGUUUAAAACUACAGGGAUUGUACAUUUUCCCGAGCGAAAGGGUCGGGCGAACAGAGACGAUGAGAAGAAAUGUGUUUUUAUUUUAUUUUUUCUUUUCUACCUGCUGUGUGUGUUUUGGACGUGUAUGUUUGUGUUCCAAAAGCUCAAGCACAAGAUCUUUUGUAAAGGAGGAUAGCUCUAAGACAAAAAAACUACGACUAUAUAUUGUAAAUAAUUUGAUAUUUCUAGGAGUGCACCAUGAUAUCAGGUAGUUCAUCUAUGUAGCUGUACUCAUUUUCUACAACAGGGAGACAUGGGGUUUUAGGGUUUUCCAGUUACUGUCGGGCAGAUGCACUGUAUGUAGCAACAAAAUAUGACAGAAUGUACAGUCUAUUACAACAAAUGAAAUAUACAGAAAUAUAAUCUAGAGUCUAUCAUGUCGUAUGUCAUUGUAGCAGCUGCUGUUCUCCUCUUUAUCUGGACCGGAUCAAGUUUUCUUUAUGACAGACAAAUUGGUCAAUAGAUAUCAUCCAUUGCUUCAGUGUCUUGUCGCCAUGAUGUUAUCCUGUGUAAAAUCAUCAUGCUUCCUCUUUCAUUCACUUAGCCGAAGCUAAUGACGGCUGCUUUGCUCGUCGACACCUUAAAACCCUCACUUCUCAGAAUACUGUAUGAUGUUCCACCCCCUCUUGUCCACUUUUAAUUGUGUUUUAUUGUCUUGUUUCUGGGAAUUCAUCCGGACACGUGACUUGAACAGCAGAACCCAGGUGUUCGUUGUCUGGAAGAAUGACCUUUGCGUCAGUCACGGACACUGUGUGAAGGGUGAACGGUUGAUUGAUCCUGACCAGGGAACAGCUUCAGCUUCCAUCAAGAUACAGCUAAUUACGAAAGCAUCUAGGAAGCACAGUGUGGACGCUUCCCCGCUCACUUCCCCUGCUCAUGCUCAUUACUGUUCUUCUUCUUCUUGCCGGAAUUGCGUUACUCUUAUGUCAGCCGGGUGCAUGUGUUUGUAUGUGUUCUCACAAAUGUGUGCUUGUCUUCACUUCCCUCAUUUCCCCACUCGUCCGAUAUAGCGACAGCACCGGCGUUCCUCGGGUUCCGCUUCUGUCCUCCCCUCGAACAUCAAGUCUAAUUGAGCCCAAAUGCAACUGGUCACCAACCUCCCUCGCGGUUAUCCACCGCUCCUCACAACAGCAUGUUAAACUGGGUGACGCAUUUCUGCAGAUAAACAUUUCAAGUCCGGUCUCAUCUGACGACCCUGUCAUUUUCUCUUUCCAUUCUCGCUCAUGGUUCUGCAAAAGGUGACCUGAUUGUGGCUGAAGCCUUGUCAAGGGAUGUAUUGUAUGCUGAGGUGCGGGCUGCCCAGUGGGAUUUCUCCAAAGGUAAUCCUUCAUUAGAUUGUAGUGGAAAGUGAAUUAGCCCUGCCUGUUCUGUCUGUGUGGCAGUCUAGACUCUACAUAAAAGAAAAGGACGGGGAUUAGAUGGACCUUGAGACUGUGUGCAUAAGAUAAUGAAAAGGUGUUACAACGUAAUGUGACCGAAGGGGAGACACUGCAGAUGAAUAGGGUACGUUUUUCGACUAAUAGACAUGAACCUCUCCAGCUGAUUACCUACAUUAAGACAAGUACUUCUUUGAAUUACAGGUUCUCUGUAAUUAUAGGGUUAAACAUGGAAAUGAGGAGUUAUCUGGUUAGAUUUGCAUUGAUUUGCAUACAUUUCCUGCACCGAAAUUUGAACGUUGAAUAAAUGAAGUGCAAAACCGAGUUUCAUUUUAUUGUUAAAUGAAGGCUAUUAAGGGGUUGAUUAAUUAUAUCACUCCGUAAAUCAGAAAAAUAGUGGCUUUCAAUAGCCAAAAUAUUAAAAGAUUUUUAUAUUAUAUCUGGCUUUGAGUGAUACAUUAAACUCUGUAUAGACCUUCAAAAUAUAGAUAAGAAUGCUUUUUUUUGGAAAGUUUGGUGAAUGCAAGUCACCUUUAAAUGGAGAUUUCAGGCAAUAGAGAUAUAUGUUUAACAAGUAAUUCAAUUGAACAAUACAAUUAUAUUAUAUAGGCUAUAAAUGGAACAUUUUAUUUGUUUUUAUUAGAAACCACUAUUUUAACCUACAAUUGUUAUGUUUAAAUAUGCAAAUGAGACACUGUAUCACACAUUUACAACAGAGAAUGAGCAGAAAACUAAAUGUAAUUCUGAAAUAAUCUGAAAGAAGACGUGUCACACAAGAAAAAUAGCUUGAAAUUAAACAUUUUAUGUGAACAACACAACUACCAGUUUUUAGCUGUAGUGUCGCCCCUUAACAUAACGCAACAUCGUGAAACUUAAGACGACAAGAUGGAUUAUUACAUGAUGCAACUCAAGUGACACCAAGAUCUGAUCUGAGCAGCUGCUUCAUACGCUGUGUCAUUAGCAUCAUUAGACUACUAUCAGUUGUUGAAAUGUGAACUGUUGUCUCUCAUGGAAUCAUCGAGUUUAAUGGUCAAGUAUCAAAUGUUAUUUUAGCUCUUGAGAGAGAAGCCUUCCUCUUACCCGGUUUACCCUGUUCAAAUGAUAAAUCUGUUUGUUUUUUGUUUUUGUUUUUUUGUUGUUUUUUUUGCCAGCAAAUCUUGUUGUAGAAUCUAAUGUAAAUACUGUACGCAUCGUGUCUUUAACAAAAUGUUAAUAUAUGUUGAAAUAAAUUUAUGCACCAUA